GCGCUUCCGGGCGUCGCCGGAAGCGCCCGGCCCCGCCCGCCGCCGGAACCGCUCUUCCGCGCCGCGCGCGCUGCUGGGGAAUCCUUUGCGCGGUGCACCGCGGCGGCCGGGCAAGAUGGCGGCGGCGGCGGCCGGGCGAUGCCUGUGGCGAGUGCUGGCGCCGCGUCGCGGGGCGGCCGCCCCCGGACUCCAGCGGUGCCUCCCGGCCGCCCCGCCGCCCCGCAGACCCUACGCUGCUGCCGCCGCCAAAACUGCAAAGAAAAGUUCUCACAAGCCUAAGCAGGAAGAAACAAAAAAGAAAAAGGGAACCCUCAGGCGGUUGCUGAUGAGCAAGCCGGUGGAUGAUGUAUACUUAACAUGGUGUUAUGAGCGGCCAUCCUAUGAUGUAGAAGUGGCUGUGGGUAUGCUAAAGAAAUUUCAGGAAUUGGACUUCACUUACCCAAAACAGUAUGUGUAUGUUAACAUAACUCUGGAUAUGGCAUUACAGAAGAAGAAAAAAGUGGAUCCAUUUGCAAGCAUCGUUCUUCUUCCAUAUCGUUUUACAGAUGAAAUGAAUAAGGUUCUGGUUUUCACAGAGAAUAAGGAAGAAGCUGAAAUAGCGCAACAGAAUGGAGCUGCCCUCGUAGGAGGAGUUGAAUUAAUCAAAUGGAUUUUGGAAGAUGAAAUAAAAGUGGACUUCUAUGUAGCUGUUCCUGAAAUAAUGCCUAAACUAAUACCGUUGAAGAGCAAACUAAGAAGAAAAUACCCAAGCGCAAAAAGAAAUUCCAUGGGUUGUGAUAUUCCCAAAAUGCUGCAGCUCUUUAAAGAAGGCCUUGAGUAUGCAGUGGAAGAUGAGCAUCUAAUCAAAACAAGAAUAGCAAGACUGGAUAUGCCUACUGAGCAGAUAGUUGCCAAUCUAAAUGCAAUUAUCCAAGACAUCUGCACAUUCAAGCCAUCAAGCUAUGGUCCUUUUGUGCAAAAGCUGGUUAUUCGAUCUUCAACCAGUGAAGGUUUGCUACUGAACCUUGAUGGACUUCUUCCGCAGGUAGAGAAGGAAGAAGAAGAAAAAAACCCAGAAGAUGAAGAAUAACAUAUGUCCAAGAAUUUGUUAGUACAUAAUGUUUUCCUUUGUUGAUUUGAUAAUCAAGUGUGGAAAACAAGUGGUGUAAUGGAAAUCUUACCCUGUGAAAAGGAAAAAAUAAAUUUUGAAUUUUUUAAAAAUCUAUGCAACAAGAAACAAUGUCACAAAUGGGAGUCUCAAGCUAAACCUGAAGAUAUUUAACACUUCCUCUGGAAGCUGAAAUCUCCCCAGUUUGUGGGGGUUUUACUUUGCAUGUAAUGGUUUAUACUCAAUAAAAGUAAUAUUGUGAAUUCUUAA